CAGACUUGGCUUGCAACGGUACGGUAUCAGGCCAGUCCAGGGUAGUGCUUGUAUUGCAUUCAUCUCUUUUGCACCAGAUCUUGGUCACGUGUGUAGGGGACGUUUACCAAAACGGGUUUCCUCCAUCGUCUAAGGUUGCCCUGCACCGGAGGCUGCGAUUCCCCGAUAUCGAACUUCCAACACGCCUGAAGUGAAAGUCCUUCAGAAUUGAAAAUGGAUGCAGACUUGGCGAACCUCGAGCAAAUGGUUAUGAAGGGUGAAGAAGUCACGUCCACGGAUCCUGCUGAAGCUAGACUAGAAGAACCUUACCGGGCGAUUGUCAUCCCACAGCCACCUCCUGUCAUACAACCAUACCAACAUGAGAGUCUGCAAUGUUUCCAGUGUUUCAUUACCUUCUGUAACUCCAAAGCCAAAGAGAGGCACAUGAAGAAGAGUCAUCGUGAAGAGUACAAGCAACAGCUCCAGCAGUGUGACACACUCUUCACCUGCUAUGUGUGUGACCGCACCUUCUCAUCUUCUGAGGAGCUGACCCAGCAUCAGUCCACACACAACAAGGAGGACAAGCCCUUCAAGUGCACCUGUAAAGAGAGUUUCCGCACCUUCUCUGAGCUAACCAGUCACAGGCGGCAGGUGUGCCCAGAGCGGCAAUUCCUUUGCAAAGACUGCGGGGUGACCUGCCGCAGUCCCGCUUUACUGCGGAACCACCGUUUGGCAGUUCACUCGGCACGCACUGACGUGGAAGAUCCCGGGGACGCCGCCAAGUUCCACCGCUGCGCCAAAUGCAAUGCCGGCUUCACCAACGAGUCCGAGCUCCUGCAGCACCAGGAGAACCACGCCGGCAGCGAGCACUGCAACGGAGGCCCGUCCCCCAAGAGACCCCGCGGCAGGCCGCCCAAAACGGACAGCGCCGCCGCUGGCGGAGUGGAGAAGCAGCAGGUGAAGCGGAAGAAGAAGGACGAAGCAGCUACAGCAGACGGGGGGAAAGAGGAGGCAAAACAGGCCAAGCCCAGGAAGAAGAAGGCCGAGGCUGAAGAGGGAAUUACUGAAGCAGGGGACGAGACGGAGACCGGUGCUGUCGGCACAGAAGCGUCCACGCCAGCCACGGCUAAAGCAGACAGCGGAGGCGCCAGAAGAGGACGACCCCCGAAGUCUGCACCGAGCGUCAAAGCUGAGGAGAAGAAGCCCGUCCUGCGGAAAGCCCACCCGUGCGGCGAGUGCGAGGAAAGCUUUGCGCGGCCGGAGCAGCUGCAGGCUCACGUGACCCGCGUCCACACGGCUGGCCGACACGCCUGCCCCACCUGCGGCAAGAGCUUCGGCCGCGAGAGCAAUCUGAAAGCGCACCAGCAGAGCCACACCAAAGACGAGGAGGAAGAGGAGAAGAAGAAGCCAGCAGGAAGAGGGAAGAGAUAAUUCCUGUUCUGUUGGUGGUGGUGGUUAGGUGUGUGUGGCAUGAGAGGAUAAGGGAGACAAGCUUUUAUUUUGUUUUGUUUUGUAACAAAGUCCCGGCAUUUUUAUUUUCAAUGUAAGUGAUAUGGAACAGAAUGUGGUGGUUUUUAGUUGAAUAGUCUUCAACCGUUUGUCGCUUUUCAUGAAUGUUGCACUGUCGUCAAAUUAUUUUUUAAACAAGGUUUUAUUCAGGACUCAGGCCCACAAACUAUUAAGCUAGUGCUGUGCAGGCUGUGGGUUAUGCCUGUGGAACUGACUGGUGUGGGAUGAGGAUGCAGGCCCACUGCAUCCAUCUGAGCACAGCAAGAUAUCACUGGGUCAAGCUUGCAUGGCGUAUUCUCACAUUACAUCAGUCAUUCAGAGAUAAAGGCAAUGUCCUCCUCAAGAGUAAAAGAUACAAUGGAAAAAUGUUGUAUUUUAAUUAUGAUUUUUAAUUAAUAUCUUUUGAGUAAGAUGGGUCUUUUUUUAAAUAAGUGUGUGUAGAGGCCGCAGGUACAUGUUGCCUUCAAUUCUGUUUUUUUGUCUCUUUUCAUUUUGCCUUUUUUAUUAGAGAGGUGACAAAAGGAUAUGUUACCUUUGUCCAGAAGACUUCAGUUCAGAAUUUGUUUGUUAAAAAUCAUUAUGUACAUGGCAUUCAUUGAGUGGUGGUUUAUGUGAUUUAAUUUUGUGUUUAAUAACAAACUAAAGUAUGUGAUUUUAUUUACUGAAGAAAAAAAAACUCAUCAUGGGAUGUUAACUUGUUGAAAUAAGCAUCUUUUUUGUAUUUGAUUGAUGCUUUUUUAAGCGAGGGUCUAACCCAAGACGCAAGUUGAUUGUUCAAGAUAAUUAAAAUUCCUCUCCCCCUGAUAAUGUGCUGAGGUUCAAAGGAACAUGGACAAUGUUCUUGGUGGAAUUCACCCAAGUACAUUGUGUACCAAUGUACAUAGUGGUGCCAAAUACUAAGAAUACUCUGUAAUGUUUGGUCUAAGAUUGGCUCUCCCCAUGAAAAUGUCUCUGUGUAUUUACAAUUUUUACAGUCUAUGAACCUGGUAAAUGUCUUAUUAAAAUUAAAUUGCCCCAGGGGAUGCUGCAGAU